UGUUGACUGGGUAAUCAUGGCCACAUCGCCGACGACCCCUGCGCUAACUCUGGAGGAGAAGGCGUGGUUCGAACAACGAACGAAAGAUCUCCAGCAGUACAGCUCCAUCGGUGCCGGAACUGGCGCCGUCGUCAGCGCGGCUGUCACAUUCGUAGGACCAUUCCCUCGACGAUACCAGAUUGCCGCCAUCUUGGGGUCAUCCCUCAUCGGCAGUAUAUCAGGAUACUUGCUAGCGGACUCCAAGUCCCUCGAAAGAAUCAACGACUUGAGUGCCACAUCGCAAUUGCGAAAGCAACUGACCAAGAUUCACCAAACGAAGAAGGCGGCGGAAGCAGCCACGGCCUCUGCCAAAUCAUCCUAGGAAUGUUCACGUAACACGAGUUCGCUGUCGACUCUCUGUCCAUCCAUGACCCCUCCGUCGGUCGGACCUUGACCAUCAUCAUACUCGAAGGCGCUCGCUCAUUCACUCCCUCCUUACUUGCAUUUUCGCAGUGAAAAAUGGAUAUCUUUCAUUACGUGCA